AUGAAGGCCUGGACAUUGACCUCUCUUGCUUUCGCUGUGCCAGCGUUGGCUGGUGUUUGCCACUUGGCUCGCGAUGUGAACUGCCACUGCCUGCCUACCGACAGCUGCUGGCCUGCCCCUUCGGCUUGGGCUUCGCUGAACAACACUGUUGGCGGUCGCUUGAUUGCGACCGUCCCCAUUGGCAGUCCUUGCCACGCUCCUAACUAUGAUGCCGCUGCCUGUGCGACCAUCCAGGCAGAGUGGUACGAGCCGCAGCCUCACCUGAAUUCGUCUUCGUCGAUCAUGCAGACGUACUUUGCCAACCAAACUUGCGAUCCUUUCUCUGCCAAGUCGAAGCCCUGCACUCUGGGCAACUUUGCCACUUACUCGGUGAAUGUCUCAUCCAGCGACGAGGUUAUUGCUGCUGUCAACUUUGCCCGCGAGAACAACAUCCGCUUUGUGAUCAAAAACACCGGCCAUGAUUAUCUCGGUCGCUCCACCGGUGCUGGUGCCUUGUCUGUCUGGACCCAUAACCUGAACGACAUUGAAUAUCAGGACUGGUCAGACUCGAACUACCAAGGGCCCGCAUUCAAGGUCGGUGCCGGAGUCGUCGGCUACCAGAUUCUCGAAGCCGCCCACUCCAAGGGUCUUGUCGUUGUUACCGGCGAGUGCCCUACGGUCGGUCUCGCCGGAGGCUACACCCAGGGUGGUGGUCACUCUGCUCUCAGCACCCAAUUUGGCCUCGGCGCUGAUAACACCCUCGAGUAUGAGGUUGUUACCGCCAACGGAACUCUCGUCAAGGCUUCCCGUUCCGAGAACUUCGACCUUUUCUGGGCCAUCAGUGGUGGAGGUGCUGGCAACUACGGUGUUGUCAUGUCUAUGGUUGUCAAGGCUUAUCCCGAUGCCAUCAUCUCCGGUGCUGAGGUUGCGUUUGCCUCGGCCAACAUCUCGACUGAUGUCUUCUACGAGGCUAUCUCCCAAUUCCACGCUCUCCUGCCGGCCAUGGUUGACCAGGGUGUCACCGUGAUCUACCAAAUGGCUGCUAGCUUCUUCAAGAUUGCCCCCGUCACUGCCUACAACCAGACUUCUGAUGAUGUCAAGGCUAUCCUGAAGCCUUUCCUUUCGGCCCUCACCGCGUUGGACAUCCAGUACGCCGCCACCUACACUCAGUUCGAUUCCUACCAUGACCAUUACAACACAUACAUGGGUCCCCUCCCCUGGGGCAACCUCGCCGUCGCCACCUACCAAUACGGCGGCCGUCUGAUUCCCCGCAAGACUCUGGAGGAGAACUCCAAAGGAAUGGGUGCUGCCCUCCGCAACAUCACUCAGAGCGGUGUCAUCGCCGUCGGUGUUGGCAUGAACGUUACCGUUUCCACCGGCAACGUCAACAACGCCGUCGCACCCGCUCUCCGCAACGCCGCUGUCACCAUGCAGAUCGGCACUGGCUGGAACGAGACCGCUCCUUGGUCCGAGAUGGUCGCCGAUCAGUACAAGAUCACCAAUGAGUAUGUUCCUCAGCUUGAGGCUGUCUCUCCCAACAGCGGCUGCUACCAAAACGAGGGCAACUUCCGCCAGUUGAACUGGAAGGAGACCUUCUUCGGUAGCACCUACUCGCCUCUGCUUUCGAUCAAGCGCAAGUGGGACCCUACUUCAUUCUUCUACGCCCUGAAGGCUGUUGGCAGUGAUGCCUGGAAUGUUGCCGAGUCUGGUCGUAUGUGUCGCGCUUAA